AUGGGCUCCCUCUUCUCCUGGACCAUCGUGCUAAAGACCAUCACAGAAGACACCCCUGACAUGGAUAAUUACUCCAUGCUGGUAUUUAAUGACUCGUGCAUUGAGGGGACAUCCUACAUCUGCAGGAAUCACUCAGAGUAUUUUAGGGAUCCUCCAAGACCUCCUCAGCUGGUGGACGCCUGGCUAGUACCUCUGUUCUUUGCUAUACUAAUGCUGGUGGGGCUGGCUGGAAACUCUUUGGUUAUCUACGUGAUCUCCAAGCAUAAGCAAAUGAGAACAGUUACCAACUUCUAUAUAGCUAAUCUGGCCACCACAGAUAUCAUUUUCCUGGUGUCCUGUGUUCCUUUUACAGCCGCCUUGUAUCCACUUCCUGGAUGGAUAUUUGGAGAGUUCAUGUGCAAGUUUGUCAACUAUAUCCAACAGGUAUCUGUACAAGCCACCUGUGUGACCCUUACUGCUAUGAGCGUGGAUCGCUGGUAUGUGACUGUGUUCCCACUGCGGUCAUUACGCCAGAGAACACCCCGUGUUGCAGCAGCUGUCAGUAUUGGAAUCUGGAUUGGUUCCUUCAUUGUUUCUAUUCCAGUUCCCGUUUACAACAAGCUAACAGAGGGUUACUGGUUCGGACCUCAGAUGUAUUGCAUUGAAUCUUUCCCAACAAUAUCUCAUGAGAAGGCUUUCAUUCUCUACAACUUUCUGGUAGUGUACUUGCUCCCCCUGCUCACCAUUUGCAUCUGCUAUUCUGCCAUGGUCUAUCACAUGGGGCGACCUUCUGUGGAGCCAGUUGACAACAGUUACCAGGUACAACUCUUGGCUGAACGCUCGGAGGUAAUGCGCACCAAGAUUUCCCGUAUGGUAGCCGUCAUUGUCCUACUUUUUACUUUCUGCUGGGGCCCAAUCCAGCUCUACAUCCUUCUACAAGCCUUCAGUCCCACCUUCAAACGUGACUACUACACUUACAAAGUGAAGAUUUGGGCCCACUGCAUGUCCUAUACCAAUUCUUCUGUCAACCCUAUCGUCUAUGCCUUCAUGGGUGCUAACUUUCGUAAGGCCUUUAACAAGGUCUUCCCAUUUCUCUUUAAACAGAGGGUAGCCACCACUGGGGCAGCCAAUGCUAAUGUCAACACUGAGAUGAAUUUUGUAUCCUCAGGCACUUAAAAAGCAAAUAUGUUUUUAGGCUUGUUUUUUGUUUGUUUUUUUUUUUACUGGGGACAAUUCUGUAAUCGGCUACA